AUGCCAAAUCACUUAUUCAGAACACAUCCAAGAACUUACGGAAAAGAUUCCAGAGGUAUUUCACUUUUUAAACUUCUUAGAAUGCAGAGUUUGUGGUGCUAGAUAAGGAUUGAUUAGAAAAUAUGGUAUGAAUACCUGCAGAAGAUGCUUUAGAGAAAAUUAUGAAUUGAUUGGCUUUCACAAGGUAUUAUAUAUCUCUUAAUUCAGUACAAUUGA